AUGACGCGCACCCAUCCAACUCUCCUCUCCUUCCUGCUCUUCCCUCUCAUCCUCCUCCUUGCCCUCCCCCAAACCCACGCCUAUAACCCCGCCAAAGCCCCCAACUCCAGAGACGCUGUCCGCCUCUCAUCCAUCAAAUCCCUAACCCUCUACGCAAACCGCAAAACUACCCACCGCCGCCUCCCCGCUAUCCAACAACUAACCUGCAUCGGCCCUUCGAAAAAGAUAUGUGCGCUCUACACUCCCGAUGUCAUGCGCUGCACAAACCAAGGCCACGGCUACGAUGAGAAUGACAUCCAGUGGACGUGCACGGCGCAGUUGCCGCCGGAGUUUAAGCUGGGGAGCACCGAUGUUAUCUACGAGGGGUAUCGGGAUGCGAAGGACCCGUGGGUGCUUAGGGGUAGUGGUGGGGUGGAGUAUCAGCUGUUAUUAACGGAGAGGGGAGAGGCGAAGUAUGGAAAGCUUGUGGCUGGAGGCUGGUUUGAGGGUUGGAGCGGAGGUGGAGGUGGCUGGUUGCGUUUACUGGGGGAGCUGUUGUUUUUCGUUUUCUUUGUCGGGGUGCUGGCGGCUAUUGUGCUGGCGGCUUUGGGUUGUAUUGAUGGCGUUCGCCGGGGGGGUGGUGGACAGAGGAGGGGUGGUGGCUUGGGGUGGGGUGGAUGGGGACCGGGAUGGGGACCCGGAGGAGGAGGUGGAUGGGGCGGAUGGAAUGAUCCACCGCCUCCAUAUGACUAUCCGGGAUACAGAAAGCAGGAGUCAUGGAGGCCUGGUUUCUGGACGGGUGCAGCAGCGGGGAGUGCGGCAGGGUAUGCCAUGGGGAGACAAAGUGGGUCGAGGUCGGGAUCAGGAUGGGGAUGGGGGUCGAAUAGAGCGGAAAGCUCAAGGGGCAGCUCUUCUCGUCCGUCGUUUUCACCUUCUUCCUCUACGUUGGAGAGUACCGGGUUUGGGUCUACAAGACGGCGGUAA